UAGCCUAAUUGUGCGCUACUGAAAAUGGUCAUUUCCGAAGAAGAAGAAGCAGCAGCAGCUUCAAGACCUUCUAACGACGUCGUUCCAGGGUGCGUUGACUACUAUGGCCAUCCAGUCCAACGAUCAAAAUCCGGUCGAUGGCGAUCCGCUUCUCUCAUCAUAUGCGUGGAAAUGGCGGAGAGAUUUGCAUAUUAUGGUAUAAAUUCUAACCUAAUUAAUUACUUGACGGGGCCAUUGGGGCAGUCCACCGCAGCAGCAGCGGAGAACGUGAAUGCUUGGUCUGGAACGGCGGCGCUCACUCCUCUUUUGGGUGCUUUGGUGGCUGACUCCUUCCUUGGCCGUUAUCGCACUGUUGUUUUUGCUUCUCUGCUUUACAUUUUGGGACUUGGAUUACUGACACUUUCGGCUGUCUUGCCUUUGUUCAUCUCUUCUAACUGCCAAACUACUGAUAAUGGCAAUGCAUGUUCUCCUCCUCAACUCCAAGUUAUACUAUUCUUUUUCUCAUUGUAUCUGGUGGCAAUAGCUCAGGGAGGACACAAGCCUUGUGUUCAGGCUUUUGGAGCUGACCAAUUUGAUCCACUAGAUCCCAAAGAAUGCAAAGCCAGAAGUUCCUUUUUCAACUGGUGGUACUUUGGCAUGUGUGGAGGUAAUAUUGCGACUGUCUCGGUUCUGAACUACAUCCAAGACAAUUUUAAUUGGGGUCUUGGGUUUGGAAUUCCUUGCAUUGCCAUGGGCCUUGCACUUGUCAUUUUUUGGCUUGGUACAUUGACUUAUAGGUUUAGCAGCAUAUCCGUAGAACAAAGCCCAUUUGUGAGAAUUGGCAUGGGUUUCCUCAAAACAGUGAGGAAUUUGCGUGCCACAUCUGUAGAAGAAACAAGAGUGCAGUGUCAUCAAAAUUCUCAGCAAUUUGAGGGUCUGAACAAUGCCUUGCUUUCACCUGAUGAUCAUUCAGCUGAAGAUGGACAAAUUUCCAACACCAAUGAUACUGAAGAAGAAAAGGGACUUGUCAGGCUGGUUCCUGUAUGGGGUUCGUGUUUGAUAUAUGCGAUCGUAUUUGCUCAAGCGUUCACUUUAUUUACAAAGCAAGGAGUCACAAUGGACAGAUCAAUUACACCAUCUUUCAAGAUACCAUCUGCUGCCCUUCAGUCCUUUAUCAACCUUUCUGUUAUCAUAUUCAUUCCAAUCUAUGAGCAGAUCCUAGUACCUAUCACGAGAACUCUUACCGGAACUGCAUGUGGUAUCACGAAACUCCAAAGAGUCGGAACUGGGAUCUUUUUGUCUGUUCUUACUAUGGCAAUUGCAGCUCUAGUAGAGAUGAAGCGCCUAGAAAUUGCGCGAGAAUAUGGAUUGGUUGAUGUACCAAAUGCAACAGUUCCAAUGACUAUCUGGUGGUUAGUUCCACAAUAUCUUUUAUUUGGAAUUACUGAAGUAUUCACAAUGGUUGGUCUGCAAGAAUUCUUCUAUGACCAAGUGCCAAGAGAAUUCAGAAGCAUAGGUCUCUCUCUUUAUCUUAGUAUUUUUGGUGUGGGGAGCUUUCUAAGCAGCUUCCUCAUCUUUGUUAUUGAGAAAACCACAGGUGGUGAUAGAGAUGGUUGGAUUUCAAACAACUUGAACAGAGGACAUCUAGAUUACUUUUAUUGGCUACUUUCUGGACUAAGUGCUCUUGGAUUUAUCACAUAUUUGUAUUUUGCAAGACAUUAUGUUUAUGCUCAUUAUGGAAAGGUCAUCUGAAAUUUUAUAAAUUGAAAGCUCUUAUGGUGAUCUUUGACUUUUCUUUA